AUGGAUGACUUGUGCCCUCCUGUGAUAACAGAUGGUAGCACCAUCACAUGCUUUUCACAGGUUAGAGCUGAGAAUGCAGCUGAGAGUGAAGCCAUGAGAGAUGGCACCCUUAAGUCUGAAACACUGGUUGGACUCAAACUGCAGCAGUAUGUUCCAGUUAGAGAAAUUGCAGUGGACAUCAUGGACACCAGAGCCGUGGUCAAGGCUGUUGCUUUUGUAAUCCUCACAGUCAUCAGCAUCCCUUCCAAUAUGGCCAUUUGUUAUGCCUUCUUGCAUACUCUACUGAUCGAGGGCAAGCUCAUGACUGCUGAUGUCAUCCUGUGCCACCUGAGCUUUGCCAACCUGGUAGUGACGCUCACCCGUGGCAUUCCACAAACACUCACUGCCUUUGGCUACAAAAACCUGUUUGAUGACCUUGGCUGCAAAUUCAUUGUUCUCUGCUUCCGAACAUUUAGAGGUCUCUCUAUAAGUCUGACCUGUCUGCUCAGUGCAUAUCAGGCAGUGGUCAUUUCACCAGCCACUUCCAAGAUGGCUGUCUUGAAGACAGUAAUAUCCCAAUACCUUGUGCCCUUGGUAGUGUUUCUCUACAAAUUUUGCUGUGUGACCAGUGUUUACCCUAUUCUUCAUGCAGUGUCUAAAGUGGUCAAUAACACCAUUCCUCUGUACACUUUUAAUUUAGAAUUUUGUAUCAUUCCAUACCCUGACUACACAGCCUUUAUGGCUGCUGGCUUGUCUAACUUCUUCCGAGAUCUGAUCUUCAUUUUGGGUAUGACAAUCAUGAGUGGCUACAUCCUGGUCCUUCUCUACCAGCACAGCAAGAAAGUGAAGAACAUUCGAAGCUCUGACAGAAGCCAAUCAGGAGCCAGAGCUGAAACCAAGGCCUCCAGGGCCGUGGUCACUUUGGUAGUUCUCUAUGUCAUUUUCUUUGGGGUGGACAAUGUCAUCUGGCUGUAUUCUUUGGGUGUUCUAAGGGUGGCACCUAUCUUUACCGACUUCCGGGUCUUCUUUUACACACUGUAUUCUUCAGUGUGCCCCAUUGUGGUCAUCAUCACAAACCCUAAGGUUAAAGGCAAGCUAAACAGUGUCAAAUUAAACAAGCUUGUGUCCACUGCAGGCAGCUGUAUGUCAAAGGGACUUAAGGCUAAAAGAUGA